GUUCUGUGAUUGUGGGGUAAUUACGUCGUUUGUCUGGAAACACGCGCGGUCACCCGUUAAGGCCGCUUUGCGUAUCUGAGUAUGGAUGUGGAGUAGCGGUGAGUGCCUGAUCAGGCCUAUGACUUCUAAUAGCUUCCAACCAUCUAAGCAAACAGAGAUGUUCUGCGCGAGACGUAAUUCGUUGCAUGAGGAAACCGUUGUGUGAGCAACCGGAUUUGGCAUUACUCCAGACAGCAUAACCUAGCGCGGUUGCGUACCUGCCACCUUCCAUCAAAUCACCCAUAGCACCCAAGUAGCUUCUCUCCCAGGCUUCUUUAUUGUAAGGAAAAACCGAUACAAUUGAUCAACCGUCCACACCAUGCGCAGCACCAUCGACGACCAGUUCUGCGACGCGCUGGAUGCAGCCUACAAGCUCUACAACGAGGAUCGCCUCCUGGAGUGCCAGAGGGCAGCCAUAGACAUUCUCGAGGACGCCGCCAUACCAAGGUAUCAUCGAAUGAAGGUCCUCAUUCUGCUCGCAUCUAUACUAGGUGACUGGGAGGAGGCCAAUCAGUGUCGUGAGGACGCUUGGGCGCUGUACAAUCUAGUGCGACGCUGGCGGCCUGCAGGCAACGACUUGGAAGUCGACAAGGCCCUUGACGAGAUAUUGGUUCAGCUGGAGGACCUUGACAAUGCGCUUGAAGAGGAUGCGCCGGAGGAAUGGAGUCUUGCGGAAGUACAGGAGUCUGUGGAGGACGUAAUUCACAACGCCGAGGACGACAUCGAAACUACCAGGGAGCAGCUCGAGGUUCUCAACAUGGCCGAGGACGAAACCGCCGAUGCUGAGACCGAAGUCAAGCCCACGAAGCCGGCUGCUCUCACCUUCCCGGCAACGACGGAGACAUGUUAUCAGCGUAACAAGAAUUCUUGAAGUUCGAUCUUGCAGCUUCGCAGGCUGAGACCAAGGACACGGAAGCUGCUGAUCUCCC